UGCUGUCCUCAAGCUCAGCCAAUCCUCUAUGUGUGACGCUCUCUUGAAGUGGUUUCAGCAUCAUGAUAUUUAACACACCCACCCUAAACAUCCGACAGAGGUAUUUCCUCAAGCGCCUGUCAACGGGCUAAAAUCACCUUCAUAUGUCGUUACAGCGCUCGUGUUGGCUCUCCAGCACUUAGCGGGGAAACUUCUCAUGAUCACAUUUUUGUCGACGGAAGGAGGUGAGAUGUAACAAAGCUUGUUACCAAAGCUGGAAAGCCUUGCUUUAUUCUGGAUACAAAAGAGCGAAUGCACUUCAGCACAGUCGCGUGUCAGCAUCUGUCAAAGAAAGAUCACUUGCGCCGUUGUAUGAACAGCUGCAGAUGUUUUAUCUGUACCAGUUUUCCGUGAACCGGUGAAUUCAACAGCAGCAAGAUGGACAGUUGCGUUUUCGGUAUUGCGAAUACGCACUUUUGUGGAUAAGAUAUCGGAUGAGGCUUGUGAGCUCGCAAUUCAAUAUUUAAAAUAUAAUGUUAAAAUAGACUGUGCGUAAUAAUAGUGCGUUAAUAUCGGGAACUAUUCUCGCGUGUCGCCAACUCAUCUUCCCUGAUUGCACGGGAGGAAUUUAAUCGCGAGCGCACGAAAAUAACUGGAUUAUUGUUUCACAUGGAUGUGGAUGAGCGAGCACACUUUGCCAAAUAAAUCCUCAUUUCUUCUCUUAAACUGGCAAAUGAAAACGAAAACGUUCCAUGUGUUCUCAUAAAAUUGGGAGCUCGUGUUUUAUGGACUGUUGGCGAUGUAGUGCGCUUGCUCACUUUUAUCCCUGCCAUUCCAAACAAGUCUUUUCUCGAACAGGAGACAGUGAAGAUGAUUCUCUUUAGAAAAUUCCGCGUCUUGAUUUUAAUGGUGUUUCUUAUCGCUUGCUCUAUGCACAUUAUGAUAGACUUGUUACCAAAGCUGGAAAGACGAGUCAGUAGCGCCUGUUCUUGCUCCCACACACCCAGCGAAGAGCCGCAGAACUGGGCUAAGCAUCGAGCCAAGCCGGGAUCAGAGUCCGGCUGGCCUAAUAAACACACACUCAGAAUACUUCAAGACUUCAGCAACGAGCCAAACUCAAACCUGUCCUCUCAUUCACUGGAAAAGAUCUCCGUCGGGGGUAAAGCUGAGGCGGUAAGAAGAGUUGAGCAGUCGAAGACAGGUGACGAUAAGAGGCACGCUACACGGGACACUACAGUCAGCAAGAAUGCAGCCGUUAAGGGUUCAAGGCUUUCUGCAUUAUUUGAGCAUCCUUUAUACACGAGGCCAUUGCCUCCACUAACUGAUGAAGACACGCUUUUCAAUGUCAACACUGAUAUAAGAUUUGACCCUAAAGCUGCAGAAAACCAAGAGUGGCAUGAGGAAGGGAAAGAAGGGGAUUUUGCUCCUACGGGGGAGAUGUCCUCAGACACCUACCCUAACUGGCUCCGCUUCCAUAUUGGGAUCAACCGUUAUGAGCUCUACUCCAGGCACAACCCAGUCAUUGAUGCAAUGCUGAAGGACCUGGUCACGCAAAGAAUUACCAGUGUUGCAAUGAAAUCUGGAGGCACACAACUGAAGCUGAUCAUGACAUUCCAGAAUUAUGGCCAGGCACUCUUUAAACCCAUGAAAAAAGCACCACAUCAACAAUACAUUUCAAGAGGAUCACUUUUGAACAUCAGUCCUCUGCAGCAGACACGGGAACAGGAGACACCACCCGACUUCUUCUACUUCUCCGAUUUCGAGAGGCACAAUGCCGAGAUCGCAGCAUAUCAUCUAGACAGGAUCUUGGAUUUCCGUCGAGUGCCGCCAGUGGCUGGGCGACUGGUGAAUAUGACCAAAGAGAUCAGAGACAUGACCCGUGACAAAAAACUGUGGAGAACCUUUUUCAUUUCACCAGCCAAUAACAUCUGCUUUUACGGUGAAUGUUCAUACUACUGCUCCACUGAACACGCUCUAUGUGGGAAGCCUGAUCAAAUUGAGGGUUCUUUAGCAGCCUUUCUGCCAGACCUAACCUUGGCCAAGCGCAGGACGUGGAGAAACCCCUGGAGACGGUCCUAUCACAAACGCAAGAAAGCAGAGUGGGAGGUGGAUCCAGAUUACUGUGAGGAGGUGAAGCAGACGCCACCCUAUGACAGUGGCUCUCGCCUGCUCGACAUCAUGGACAUGACCAUAUUUGAUUUCCUAAUGGGAAAUAUGGAUCGUCAUCAUUAUGAGACAUUUGAAAAAUUUGGAAAUGAAACUUUCAUAAUUCACCUUGAUAAUGGAAGAGGCUUUGGUAAACAUUCUCAUGAUGAGCUUUCCAUACUGGUGCCUUUGAGUCAAUGCUGCAGGGUUAAGAAGUCCACCCAUUUACGGCUUCAACUGUUGGCUAAGGAGGAGUACAAACUGAGCGCACUGAUGGCAGAAAGUGUCCAGACAGACACGCUCUCGCCCAUCCUCAUUAGGCCUCAUCUGGAGGCCAUGGACCGCAGGCUGCGCCUGGUGCUUCAGGUACUGGCCGACUGCAUUGAGAAGGAGGGCCACACCAAUGUAGUAGAGGAUGACAUGGGCACAGAGGGCAUGGACAUGGGCACAGUCCCACAGAGGUAGUGGGCACAAACUGAUCAGGCAUCCCCGCUGGAUCCUUUGAAGUCCCACCACAACUCUAUAGACCAUGAACGUCUUGCAAGAGACGCUCUUGUUGAUAAACUCUGAAUUCAGUGAAUUCCAAAGACUCAUUCCUCAACCAAUGGACCAUGUGUUUAAAUAAUAAUACACAGUGGAUAGAGAAGGCUUGAGAUACAGUGAGCUGCAGUCCUGCAGUAAUUUAAUCUGAAAUGUAAACUGAUCUUCAUACUGUAGGCCAUAACAAGUGUUAUAAAGCAAGCAGUGGUUCUCAACUGGUGGGUCAAUUAUCAAUUUUCCUAUUCAUCAUAUGUCAUGUUAAUAAUUUUGCAUAUUGAUUUGGCCUAUGCAGUUCUUGGUAGGCCUAACAUUAAUACAUUUCAAUGUUUGAUUUUAAGGAUAUUUUUGUUUACCAUACAAUAAACAAUUAUGGCUAUGUUUAGUAGCUACUUGAUGUCUGAUGUAAAACCGGGGUCCUGAAGAAAAACCAGUUUAGAACCAAUGUUAUAGGAUAUGAAUAAAUACAUGAAAAAUGCAUGAACAUCAUUGGUCCCAUAUUUGCUGUCACCUUGAGUAAAUUAUUUGAACUUUUGAGAUUUAAAAUGAGCUAAAGUGAGGGACAGAUCAACUGCAACAGUGAAUGUUUGACUGAAGGUACAGUAUUUGCAGCUACAGAAGAUAACAUUUGCUCACAUUUCAGGUCAAACUAAUGAGAAACUACAGAUUCACGAACUCUUUUGCCGCUUCACAUGUGAAUGUCUGAAUAUACAAUAUGUGGACUUUUAUGUCUUUGCAUAAAAAGAGGUCUUUAGACUCUCUCCAUAGCAAGGAGGAAAAUGAGGAACUGUGCUUUCAAAUAUCAAUGAAUUUUACUUUACCUUAUUUAGGACAAAAAGCUUUGAGUGGAGGGUGAGUUAUCUCCAGAAAGUAUGUGUCCUGUCUGUCAUGUAAUAUAUGAUCAGAGCUUAUUUAUUGAGUUUCAUAUUUAUUUUUCCCAACAUGCCACUCAUACCAUUUUCAUUUCUAUACAUGAAAUUAAAGAGGUAGAUUCAGCUUAGUACAUUAAACGAGUUGCUGUAUUUGUGCCUGCAAGUACAGUAGAUUAGCAGCAAUGUGUAAUAUAUAUCAAAAAUGUUGAUGGUUUAUUGGAUUUCAGAGAAACAUCCUAAACAACUUUCAUAAUUCUGGCUUUAUUACAUAUUUAAUGUAGUAUACAAAUUGAAGAAAACUGAUAUUCCAAUAUCAGUAAUCAACAUUGUUAACAGUGUGAUUGCUGCAUUUCUAUCUACAUUUGACCCAGAAAUGUAGGCUUUAAGAGGACACAGUGAUGUUGAUUAUGUACAAACCUAUGAAUCACUGUAAAACUGUCAUGCUAUUAAACUGACAUUUUUAAAAACAAAA